CGGGUGUCGAGUUCGUCCAUCAAAAGCGACGGCUGGCCAGUCGCUCCUGCACGGAACACAGCGCCCCCUGUACGUUUGCAGCGCCUUCCCCCUGUCACACGUUGGUUUUUUGGAAACGAAGCAAGAAACGGAGCGACAAUGAAGCCAAAACAACGCUCUGGAGAGGGCAGCAUCCUUCGGCGUCAUUCCGCUAUGACCCCAUCAACGGUCCUCCCUGCUUUUCUUGUGUUUGUUCUGCUCCCCGCCGAACCAGCCUUGUCCGCAACGGAAGCAAACUUUUGCGCCGACUUCGACACCACUUGCGGCGUGGGAACGUGAGGGGGCCGCUGGAUGUGUACAUAUGCUGCAGCGAUCUUUUCUCUCAUGUGCGUGUCGGCCCUCAGGUGGUCUGAUGACAUUGCUGGCGGCAACGAUUGCCCCACAACUCUGAGUGACUUCUGGGCUGGACAAAGCAGUACGAGACACGCACUGACUUGUUCUUCAGCAAUUAGUGCUUUAUCCUCUCUCUCAGAUGAGCACCGCGGCAAGUAUAAGAACUGCCUUGUUCAUUGGCUGACGGAAGCUGAGACAGAGACCAACUCCGACAUCAAAGCAGCAUAUUGUUUGUAUGCAAAUGGAGCGCCACCGUGCAAGUAGGCGAACUUUCGAGUGCAGCUUCCAAUCGAAACCAUGUCUGCGCUGCUGUGCUGCAGUGAGAGGUAUUGCGUCGAGUGGUCUGAGAUAUGCGGCACUGGAUCAGGUAUGACAGGAAGGACACGUGAAGAUGGACCAUCUUGUGUGACUCUUGUCAGGUCCUUCCUGCAACGCAUGGUUCUCUGCUGACCAUUAUGACGACCUGAGAGCCACACAACCAGCAGACAGGCCUCACCCAGGUACACACGAGGCGGAUUCAGAUGACACAGGAGUGUCUGUCUGAUAUGUAUCUGCCCUCACAGGAGAACCAACAUAUUGGUGCAACUACCGGCCCAUCGGUACGCUGAAAACAUGCGAACAGGCGGUGUCUUUAAUGCCGGCGUGAUUGAUGCAGGCGGCAACGAUCCCCCAGUUCUCCGCCGACUGUUGCGCCCACUGUCUUCUUCUACAGAAUUGGAUGCAAUUGACAAGGAAUUGCAUACUAUCGAUCCAUCCUUGCCUCCACUGCACACGCGGGGCGACCUCUUGAUCAAUGUGACGGCUGUGGCUGUGUGGGCAGAUGGACUUGUAGAGCCUCUGAAAAUGAGAGAGCAACGCAAAGAUGACGACUUGAGUGGAGGGACGAACGAAUAGAUGAUUAUAUCUGUUUGCAUGGGCGAGACUGCGCGUUGUGAGCGCCUUUAUGUUGCUUUAUGUUGCUUUGAAAUCGUCAC